GAGUGUCUAGUACUCUAGAAUUCUAAUGCUGGGCACGGCCCACCUUCCACUACAGUAGUAAUAAACAUGCCCUUUUCUGAAUUUGGUCUUGAUCCAUGCCUCAAUAGUGCUUGUUCAGACCUUGGAUGGAUACUUCCAACUCCAAUUCAGGCUGAGGCUAUACCUCCAAUUUUGGGUGGUCGAGACGUAUGCGCAGCUGCUGAAACCGGCAGUGGUAAGACGGCCGCUUUUGCACUUCCAUGUUUACAAUUAGUUCACGAGCACUUGAGGAGUGCUACGUUGUCCAAUACUAGUUGUGCAAGGCAACCCCGCGGCAAUUCGUUGUCUUCUGACGAUGCGAGCCCUGGUACUGCAUCUUCAGGGUUAGAUACCAGUACCUUUUCUGGCGAUCCAGGUCUGCACAUAUCUGGUUAUGACAUAUCACCGGAUAACGCUUCCCAGUGGCUUGGUGGCCGUAUAUCCACUGGCGUCAGUUUGAAGGGUCGUUACUGCUAUGAAUGCAAGGUUACAUCUUCUGGCAUAGUCCGUUUCGGGUGGUCAACGGAUGGGUGUAAGUACUCCGUUGGUUUGGAUCAUGACUCCUAUGGCUUCGGUUCAACUGGGAAGAAGAGCAACGGUGGGAAGUUUUUGGAUUAUGGCGCGCCAUACGGUAAUGGCGAUGUAUUGAUGUCGAUAAUAGACUUCGACAGAUCUGAGAUAUCUUAUAAAUUAAACGGUCGUCACUUGGGUACGGCUUAUAAGUUGAAGGAUACCAAGUCUGUAUACUUUCCUGCUGUUUGUACUAAGGGUGCUACAUUCACUGUAUAUUUACAUCAGGUUACAUAUCCAGAGCCUGGUUGUACUCCUGUAGCUUUGGGGGCACAUGUAGCUCCCAGGGAACAGUGCACCGACACGUUAUGUUUGGUUUUGGAGCCAACUAUUGAGAUGUCUAACCAGACACUGGAGUAUUUCCAACUGUAUGCCAAGUACCUCACCUCACCUUCAGUUACAGUUUCCGGUAGUCAGGGGUCACACGUGGUAGUAACCACUCUUCGUGGUGCUAGUAAGUUCAGGUUAAACACAAUUCGCCAUUUUGUUAUGGACGAGGCCGAUGAGCUUUUAAAGCAGGAUGCCUCCUCGGUGUUAUCUCUUGUGAAAUCUAUGCGGGCUCAGCGUACCAACAGCUCGGCACGGUUGCAGGUCCUUUUGUUUUCCGCUACUUUACAUAACCCGGUGGUAACUGACAACGUUGGGGAGCUCACUAACCAUGCGCAGUGGAUUGACUUGAAGGGCAUUCCUCAGAUAGCCGACACGGUGGACGUCUGUGUGGUCAAUAUAGAUCCAGGCAAGACCUAUGCGUUUGAGGAUAGAUACCCAAACCCUAAAACGGACGGUCUUGAGCAUAUAGAUUGUAAUUCCAUGCGUAUUAAGACCUUGAAGCCCAAGUGCCUGGUAUCACUCUUGGACAAGCACAAUAUUAACAGUGGUUUAAUAUUUUGCCGGACCAAUUUAGAUUGUGAGAACCUUUUUGACUAUAUGGCAACUCUUAACAAAACACGGAGCAAUACUAUGUUAAAUAGGUAUUCCGCUACCUUGCUGGGUGGUAAGUUGGACCAGCAUCAGCGUAAGCGCAAUUUACAAGGUUUUAAGAGUGGUCAAUACAGGUUUCUCAUAUGCACUGACGUGGCAGCCAGGGGUUUGGAUGUAUCUGGUUUACCAUUUUGUUUUAUGUUGAACGUAUCGGAUUGCAAAUUCCAAUUUCUUCAUAGGGUUGGUAGGGUCGGGAGAUCCCAGGCUCGUGGGCUUGCCGUUGUUUUUUCAAGUACCGAACAGGAGCGUGUAUGGUAUCACAAGUGCACUGACCGUUCAAAGGGUUCAUCCAGGUUCAAGGCUGCUUCUACGUGUCGCAACUAUUCGUUGGUUGACCAGGGCGGCUGCACUAUGAUGUAUGACGAGCCUGCUUACCUAGAGUCGGUUAGUAAGUUAGUACCUCCCGGUAGGGAGUUACACGUAAUAGAUCCCGAUACGCUUGAAAUUCCUGAGAUUAGCACGGUACCGUAUGGCGAGUCUCUGGUAUCGCGACAGCACACUGAAUUCCAGUUGCGGAUGUACGAACUCAUUACCACAUCUCAGCGCUUAUAUCUGAACAACCUGCACCGUUCAUUCUAAGCCUAAUGCCAUCCACUAAAGUUACACGGGUGUUAAUACUGUUAAAUUAAUUC